GUAGUAGCACUCAAACUAAUUUACCACACCGACUGUGCCGCACGCUCCCGCAGGGCAGCAUCCUCUUGUUCGGGACGCGCUGACUGGAUUACCUCCUGGUAGUUUUGACACAGCUGCUGGCUUUUAUCAUGCGAGUUUUUACUUGAGCGGAUCAGACAAGAAACAAAACAAAACAAAACAAAAAAACAAUCGUCUCUGCUGUGUGCUUUUAAGUGGAAGAAGUCUGAUUUAACUUCUAGCGCGACAUCAAUGCCAAAUCCUGCAGCGAUGAACAAAAACGGAAUGGUGACGAAAAUCCACACGCGGAUAAGGACUGAGCCGUUCACAGCCAAUUACGACCUGGUCGGCAGAGAGCUGGGCAGGGGAAAGUUUGCGGUUGUAAAGAAGUGCAUUGAGAAGGCAACAGGGAAGCAGUAUGCUGCCAAGUUCCUGCGAAAGCGACGGAAGGGCGCAGACUGCCGCAUGGACAUCUUAAACGAGAUCGCCGUGUUGGAGUUGGCCAAGGCAAACCCCUACGUGGUGGCUCUGCAUGAGGUCUACGAAACCAACACCGAAAUCAUCCUCAUUCUGGAGUGCGCCGCCGGUGGCGAAAUCUUCAACCAGUGUGUUGCCGAUAAUGACGAGGCCUUCACAGAGAAAGAUGUGAUCCGGCUGGCCAAGCAGAUCCUGACUGGAGUGGCCUUCCUGCAUCGGAACAAUGUGGUGCACCUGGAUCUGAAACCACAGAACAUCUUGCUGACGAGUGCCAAACCUCUGGGGGAUAUUCGUAUUGUGGACUUUGGCUUGUCCAGGCGUAUGGACAACAUCACAGAAGUCAGGGAGAUCCUGGGCACCCCAGAGUAUGUUGCACCCGAGAUCCUGAGCUAUGAACCCAUUAGCACUGCGACAGACAUGUGGAGUAUUGGCGUCCUGACCUACGUCAUGCUGACGGGCGAGUCUCCCUUCCUGGGUGAAGACAAGCAGGAGACGUUCCUCAACAUCUCCCAAGUCAACAUCGACUACUCGCAGGACACAUUCGAGGGGAUCUCCUCCCUGGCUGUUGACUUCAUCAAGUCCUUGUUGGUUAAAAACCCCAGGAAGAGAGCCACGGCAGAGGAAGGCCUCAACCACCCCUGGCUGAACUCGCUCCCUCAUCCCCACUCCCACCCCCACCUCCAUGCUGGGUCGGACUCCUCUUUGGAUGAGCCGGAGACAAGCCAGUCGGAGUCGGAGCCCGAGAGCCCGGCUCCCUCACCUGAGCUGGACUUGAUCGGGUCAUACCUCAUGUGCCCGGGCAAGGGUGAGUUGAAGACGGGUCGUGACGCCUUCUCGUUCAGCGAGCCGCCCUUCCCCACGCGGCCCGAGAUAAAGCAGGAGCUGAUCUGCUGAACGACGUCUCGCAGAUGGAGAGAGAUUGAUCAAAUUUCAAAAAACUCCACAGAGCAGACGCUGAAAGGCAGUGAGCCUGCAGCUUGUUGGUCUUGAUCCGACUCAGGGCCAUGCUAUACGGAUGCUGUAUGCCUGCCGCUGGCUGCUUCCACUGCUGUGAUGUCUGUGAGCUGGGCUAUGUGUAGUUUGAUACCUCUGUGUGUGCGUGCGUGAGUGCGAGCGUGUGUGUGUCUUUGAAUAAUACACGCCACUCCGUGCUGAUUUAUGAUUGCACGGAAGGAAUGUGAGAGGAGAAAGAAGUGGGAGAAGAUACGCAAAAGACUUUGUCGCAGGACUGCACUGCUGCCUUAAAAGUGACAGAACUGAACUGGGGUUAGCUCAACACUGUGGCUAAUUCACCCCUGCACGCACACUGGUUUCUCUUUUCACCCAAUUAGCCUUUUGAACUGGGUUUCAGAAAAGAGGCAGCCUGCCGCUUCCUUGGGAAAUGACUUCACUCACCGAGUGCUCUCAUCAAAACAAGUUAUGCUUCAGCUGACCCAGACAUACCUUCUGUGAUGAGUUUUUGUUGAGAGAAGUUAAGGGUUUUGACAGAUGGUUGUUCCUAACAGAAGAAUUGCAGCAAAGGACAGCACAUACGCUGAAGCCAGACGUCAACUGUUCCACUGUUGUGUGUGUUUUAUUUAUGUGUGUUUUGUUAUGCCACUUCACCCCCUUAAAUAUACCAUAAGCCAACAUCAAUGCCUGAGUUCAAGAUGGAAAUGGUAGCAUUCUUAGGACAAUCGCGAGCACUUUUUAUGUUGUUAUUGGACUUCCAUGUUCUCGUAAGAAACCAAAGGCUCAUCAAGCACAGUCGGCUGUCUCACAAUGUACUGUAGAUAUAACCACAUCUCACCAUCCACUGUUUUGGUCACAUUACCUUUUGUGUUUUUUUUUUUUGUUUUGUUUUGUUUUCACAAAGUGCCACCUUUUCAACCUCACUUGUGUGUGUUAAUAUUAUUUUUCUUUGUCCAUUUUUUUGUUUGUUUUGUUUGCUAUUGCACAAGUUGCACAAGUUUUUUUUAUUUGUACUUAACUGCGAGGUUGCCUCUAGAUUUCGUGCUCAUCAGAUUUGGCGAGAACAUCAGUCUUGGAAAGAGGGAACGGUGUUUGGGGGUCGAAAGCAAGAGCUCAUGUAAUGGAUGAACAACGAUAUGGUGAACUGAAGAGUUGUAUAAAUGUGUGAUGUUUGCCUUCAGACGCUCGGGAGCAGAGAAACUGGGAAGAAUUUGUCAAAAAGAGAACUGAAAUGUAUAUUAUGAGUUAGUAUUAAGAUUAAUCUGAAAAGAUUGUUGUGUUGAUUUUAGUGUAUGAAUGUUAACAUCCUUAUAUCAUGUCUUAUUUUGUACAUUAACUUUUACUUAUUCUUGUGGUUUUUUUGUGUUGGUUUUUUUUCUGCUCAAGAAUUUCAGGCAGGUUUGCACUUGUCCUUGUGGACGUUAUGUUAAAAUGAAUAAAUGUUGAUGGCAUGCAUUGCAAAAUGUAAUGAAGAAAAAUACAUGCGCAUUUUGUAUCAAACUCCCCUA